GUCCCAGACUGACAGCGGCUCAGUGUGUUGAUGGGAUGGCUGCUGGACUCUACGAAGAACUCUUCACCGCCAUCGUCUCACUUAUCAACAGAGCUCUGAGCAGUCAGCAGCUGACGUUAGCCUCGGUGAUGGUGGUGGACACGCCGGGACUCAGGAACCCGAGACACGCUGCGGAGGAGCGAGCAGCCAGCUGGUCUGAACUCUGUCACAACUACCUGCAGGAGAGGCUGCUGGAGCGCUACCACACACACACCUUCACACACACGCUGGAGAGAUACACACAG